UUGGCGCUUGCCAUCGAAAGCAUUCGCAAAAACCGCAGUCGCUAAUCUCUCCCCAAUGGUUUGAUAAUAUCUUCAGACUAUAACAAAGCAAUAUAGGGUAGCAGCAGCCACUCCUCUUCUGAAUUAUUUUGUUUGGUUUUUACCUGAUGAAGAUUGGCAUCGCGAAACCAAAAUAUCACGAAAGUAAAUAUCUCCCUCAUAGGAUUUUCCCCUUUACUGAUAGAUCGCUUUUGCCGGUACCAUUGCAUUUAUUAAGCUUUACUCGCAAAGAAAUCUUCCAGCGAAUUUCGAGAAGACGAAAGACAUAAGCUUUUUUUCUACAUCUUCCUGUUGUCCUGGAUAUCCUAUUACCCUUUAGAUUAUACUGCGGAGGUUGGUAUGUCGCAGUCCUAUCAGGAGGUACUCUUCUUCUCAGUUCCAAAGUCUCGGUAUGUUUGGACCUAAACUUUAAAUUCAUAAUUAUUUUGGGAUGAGGGCUGAGAUGUUUCAGGUCGGAUAGCCUUAAUUAAGACUCGUGUGAUUUWUAUAUAUAUAUCUGAAACAUGAUCAAAAUAACACUUGCAUUGGCACCUAAGUCUGACAAAUAAAAUAGUGAGUCGUGAUCAUUCAGGGUUUGUUAUCUUGCAAUAAUGAAAGAAGUUGCUGAAAUGUCUCUGAAUGAAAAGAUUAGAAAUGAAGAAGUAAAAACGUUCUGAACAUCAAAACUAGGGUCACAAUGUUUGUCAAGGGUAGAGGGUGGAAUGUCGAGAGUUAAAUAUCAAGAGUCGAGGGUACCAUUGGCUCAACAUACCAUUUUUCGUGCUGUAGAUAAUUAUUUAUUAAAUUAAAAUACUGAACUGACAAGCGUACGGAUGUAAAUUUUAGUAUGAAUAACGCGGGGUCAAAACAGUUAUUUCCGUUCGAAGACAUCGCUGUUUUUUUUAAAAGCCGUCACACACUCUAUGUACCAAAUAAACUUAAGCGUAAUAUUUUCCCAUUUCAAACCACGUGACAUUCCCUGGAGAAUAAGAUUCGUUUAAAAAACUUGGUUUUGAAUGUAAGAUAAAAUGAUCAAGGUGAAUUAAGAUUAAAACUUUAAAAACCAACAAAGGCUAAACCGGUUUGUUAUUUUCGAAUUUGAAAAUUCAUGGUUUACAAUCGAAAGUGUGUAGGCUUAAACCGUAAGGUCUUUAACCAGAAAAGCCGUUUUGAGCCCUAUUUCAAUUUCAAUACGGGUUAGUUGAAUUGGGCGUAAAAAAAAAUUGAAUUCCAUUCAGGAAAGGUCCAAGUGAACCUCUUUGGAAUUUUUUCUGCUCAACGCGGAACAUAUCCAAAUUAGUUUUUGUAAAAUGUUUCGAGCAUUUUUUGCCUAGACAUUUUGAAAUUCCAUCCAAAUCCAAAUUUGUCUUCCACAUUUUAAUCUUCGAUUUGUUUAGAGCUUUUCAUCUCGGGUGUAAUGCAUUCUUAUCGCAGAUCAUGUGUCAUGGGCUUAACACUUGAUGUUGCGCAUGAUCAGAAGAGACACGGUCUGAAAUUGUAUCUAAAAACAUUAUUACGCCCAAGGAAAAGAAGUCUUGAUCUAUUGAUUUUAUUCUCCCCAGUGCUAAAGAUCCAAGUACCAUUGACAGCUUGGACUGAAGAUGAAAGCAGCAGGACUAAAGGCAACAUYUUUGUUGCAUCCCUAUCGAGCUGUCAGGUUUGUUUUCCUUUACCUGAUCAUUGGGAUCAUUACGACUGGCUCGUCAAACUCGAUGGCCACCACAAAAAACCACUCGAGGCUGAGAGUAUUCAAAGACGGUCACGUGAUAAUUGGAGGUUUGAUUUUUCUUCAUGAAUACAGGUGUGAUAAGUUCUCUCCCUGGAAUCUAGGUAUUGUUGAGGCGAUCAUGUAUGCUGUAAAUGAAAUCAAUAAAGAUAAGGAACAUCUUACUAAUCUCACACUUGGUUACGACAUACAGSAUACUUGUGGAAAUGAAAUAAUUACAGUAAAGCAAGCAUUCAAAUUUGCCACAGCAUCUAACAUGAACUGCAAAGCUGUAAGGUGCAACUCGAAUAACAAAUGCAUUUGCAAUGUCAACAAUACUUUUGUCGGUUCAACUUAUCCAGUAAUUGCAAUUGUCGGAAUGUCGCCUUCUCGAGUUGCCAUCGCAUUGGCUAGUUUCCUGCAGGCUGUCCGAAUACCGUACGUUGAAUCCGCUGCAACAAGUGAGGAUCUGAGUUCACCAAUGUAUGACAGCUUCUUUCGGACUGUUCCAUCAGAUGCUAACCAGGCCAAGGCAAUAGCUGACAUAGUAGAACAUUAUGGCUGGAGGUACGUAGCAGAAAUAGCAGGGGAUAACUCCUAUGGCCGUCACGGAGCAAUAGCACUUGAGCGAGAAUCCAUUCAACGAAAAACGUUUUGUGUUGAACUUUUGGGUUAUGUUCCGUUAUUGAACUAUGACAACAAACUCAAAAUGAUGAUAUCUUUGCUCAAACUACGAAAAACAGUGAAAGUAAUAAUUGUCUGGAGUGGCUCUUCGUACGCAAAGGAGAUACUGAGGAUUUCUGUGAAAGAAGGAUUGCAAAACCGAGUAUGGAUUUUCAGUGAAGCUCUUGCAACAAAAACGCCGGAUUAUUUAUCCUCAAUUCACAAUCUUUCUUCAGCUGGGUUUCAUAUACUGGGGGUUAAAGUACAAAGUAAGGUCCCGGAAAGUUUCCGUGCCCACCUUAAAAACAGAUUGGUUAGCAACCAAUCUAAUCAAGACCAUUAUCUGUGGAACGAAUUCUGGAAAUACGUGGCUUUAACAAAUCUUUCCCGCGAAAGCUCAGAUCAAUUACUGAAUAUAACAUAUGAUGAUUACGCUAUAUAUAUGAUCGAUGCAAUAUACAGUAUUGCUCAUGCACUUGACCGAAUGUUAAGAUUUUCAUCUUCCAUAAAUAAGGAAUUACGUCCUGAUAUCAAAGAAACGCUAAAACCUGGUCAAUUGGUUGAAUACCUCAAACAAGUCGAGUUCGAAGGCGUGAGUGGAAAAGUACAGUUCGAUUCAAGAGGUAAUCUGCUAGAAGCCAUUUAUGACGUCGUGUACUUUAACGUCUCUAAACAAAAUGACAAAGAAAUGAUCACUAAGAAUGUCAUUGGACAAUGGAGCAAGACCAAAAAGGUUCGCAUAAGCAUUGUUGAUGCAAUGCAAUGGAAAAAUGAAAACGACGAACGGAAGAUCCCUMACUCUACAUGUGCAGACGAAUGCAAGCCAGGGCAAUGGAAAGAACUUAUAACAAACUGUUGCUGGAAAUGUUUACCAUGUAUCGAUGGAAGUGUUUCAGAAACAAACGGAGCGCUGAGUUGCACACCCUGUACUAAAACACAAAUGUCCAACUUUGAAMRGACSCRMUGCAUACCCCUUCCUAUAAAUAACAUUGACUGGUCAGACAUAGUUUCAAUCAUACUCACUAUAAUAAGUAUUCUAGGGUUUGUUAUUGAUGUGUGUGUAUUUGGUAUCCUGUUCUAUUUUCGUGACACUCCCAUGGUAAARGCUUUAAACAAAGUGUGUACUCUUGUUCUCCUCCWCGGAAUAGCUUUGUGUUUUGGGAUGACUUUACUAUAUAUCGUAAGACCUUCAUCUGGAUUGUGUUCUGUCCUGAAGCCGUUACGAUAUGUUGUUUACACGCUUUGUUGUUCGGCUCUGUUUGUGAAAACCAUGCAAAUUGUGCACGCUUUCAAUAUCUCUCGCCAUAAAAACUGGGUGAAGGCAUUUGUUUGCAGCACCAAACGACAAGUGAUUGUGCUUCUAGCAAUAAUAAGUAUCGAAGUGUUACUUGGCGCUGGUUGGAUUAUCUGGGAUCCACUAUAUGCUCACUUGACUAUAUUCCAAAAAAGUCACGUGCUCAUCACAUGUGUGCCUUUCAGGGGCACCACUUGUGAGGUACUGGACAGCCUUAUGCUUUUGUAUCUUCUGUUGGUGGCUGGGUGUUGCGUUUUUUACGCUUUUCGCGCAAGAAAUCUUCCAGCUAAUUUUAACGAAGCCAAACACAUAAGCUUUUCUCUGUACAUCUUCCUGUUAUCCUGGAUAACCUAUUACCCUGUAGAUUAUGCAGCGGAGGGAUGGUACGUUGCUGUCCUAUCAGGAACUACUCUUCUUCUCAGCUCCUAUGGUCUUCUAGGCUGUAUUUUUGGGCCCAAACUAUUCAUAAUUGUUUUGCACCCCGAGAAAAACACCUUGGAGUUCAUAAGGGCUGAGAUGCGUCAGAAUAACAUGAACCAGUCGUUAGGAAAUAACAGCAGCUCAUGCAAUGUAAAACUAACUGAAACAUAGUUUUUAAGUUGUUGUAGCUGUUAUUUAGCACUUACGAGCGCUAUUCUAGCUAAAACAGUUUAAGCUGCAACAGAAAGCCUAAAGUUUAAAAACGCUGUCUUCCAUACAUUAAUAAUUAUCUAGAUAUAGAUCGAUUUAAGAUAAAAAUUGUUAAUGCUACAUAUAUUACCGUGGGGAUAUUAGAACCCUGAUCACUUCGAUGUUUUUUACACUUUCCACAACUAUCCAAUCAGAGCUCUCUGUAGAAACAAAGGGAUCAAGUGUUUUUAGGUGCUAGCCAAUCCCAACAGAUAGCGCAAAAUUUUUAGAUGUAUUAUUUUAAGUUCACUAAUGAAAUGCUUAAUCACAUAUUAAAAUGUGGUAGUAUGCUAAACUUAGACACAAAGUGGAAAAUUUCAAUAAUUUUUAAAACAGAAAUAUCGUUCAUUGACGAAGUAGCUGUUAUUUAAAAUAAAUGAUACUGACUUUA